AUGGGGCUUAGCUUUCGGUUUUGGUCUCAUCUGAAGCUCAGAUGGGGCUUAGCUUUCGGUUUGGUCUCAUCUGAAGCUCAGGAUGGGGUUUACGCGUCGGUUUUGGUCUCAUCUGAAGCUCAGAUGGGGCUCAGCUUUCGGUUUUGGUUUCAUCUGAAGCUCAAGAUAGGGCUUACGCGCCGGUUUUGGUCUCAUCUGAAGCUCAGAUGGGACUUAGGCGUCGGUUUUGGUCUCAUCUGA